GCAUUGGGAAGUAAUUAUGAUACAUAAAAGUGGUAUCGGUAUUAUCAUUACUUCCAAACAAAAACGAGCAAAAUGUCUAUACUGGUAUUUUCAAGAUAUAUUUGCUUCAAUUAGAAAAGCCGAAUAU